UACAGAACAGGAUCCAUCCAUCGGCGUCUCAAUUGUAAAUUCGCGAUCAAUUUUAAACGCGGAUCGUCUCCUUCCUGCAACGGCCCCGGCCGCUACCUUCCACCGGCCACGUCCCUGUCACCACUCACCGCCGUCGCGGCCAGUUCCUGUGGAGCUAUAUCAUCAGCUCCGUGCCCACUGCCUCCUCUCCGCGCAACUGAUUCUCCCUGUCGAGGUGCGCUCCGCGCAGACGUAGCGGCCGCUGUACCGUAGCUCCGCCCUCUCGCGCCGCGAUCGCCGUCCACCCGAUCCUCGCCUAGCUGCACUCGCGUCGUCGGCUCGUCGGCCGCCGGUGCCGGCAAUGCGGCGGCUGCCGGGCGCCCGCGCCGGGGGCGGGGUCUCCCUCGCCCGCCUCGCCGUCGCGCUGUGCUGCGCCGCGCUCACGCUCGCGCUCGCGCCCCGCGCGGCGCAGGCGGACCUCGCGGCGGACCGGGCGGCGCUGCUCGCGUUCCGGGCCGCGGUGGGGCCGCGGCUCCCGUGGGACGCAUCCGCGGCGUCCCCGUGCGGGUGGCGCGGCGUCGGGUGCGACCGCGCGGGCGCGCGCGUCGUCGCGCUGCAGCUCCCCGGGGCCAGCCUCGCCGGCGCGGUGCCGCUCGGGACGCUCGGGAACCUGACGGCGCUGCGGACGCUGUCGCUCCGCCUCAACGCGCUGUCCGGCGGGAUCCCCGCCGACAUCGGGGGCUGCGCGGAGCUCAGGUACCUCUACCUCCAUGGCAACCGGCUCGAGGGUGCGAUACCGGAGGGGUUCUUCGGGCUAAGCUUGCUGCAGCGGCUCGACCUCUCCAACAACCAGAUAUCCGGCGGGGUCUCGCCGGAGUUCAACAAGCUAGCUCGGCUUGCUACUCUGUACUUGGGCAACAACAGACUGAACGGCACACUACCGGCGGACCUUGAACUCAAGAAUCUUCAGCUGUUCAACGUGUCGGGCAACCUCAAUCUCACCGGCCCCGUGCCCGCGUCGCUCGUAAGUAGGCCCGCGAGCGCCUUCAGCGAUACGGGGCUCUGUGGCGGCCCUCUAAGCCCGUGCCCAACCCCGCCGCCGCCGUCUCCAUCAUCGCCCUCGCCGCCGCCUCCGGCCCCUUCUAACGGUAGCGAGAGCGGAAAGCUCUCCACUGGUGCGAUCGCCGGCAUUGCUACGGGUGCCGCCGUGGCGUUCUUGGUUUUGAUCGGCGUGAUCUUCUUCCUCUGCUUCCGGUGCCAGAGGACAAAGGCUGACAGGUCCGCAGGCAUGGCGGCCGACGCCGACGUGGACGGCUCUCCGAUAUCGGUCACCGUGGUGAGCAUGGACAAGAGCGCCACGAAGCGGUCCUCGCAUGCCCCGGCCGGCAACGCCAAGAAGCUCGUGUUCCUGGGAGCCGCGCCGGACACGCCGUACGACCUGGAGUCGCUGCUGCACUCGUCGGCCGAGGUGAUCGGGAAGGGCUGGCUGGGUACGACGUACCGAGCGACGCUCGAGGGCGGCGCCGCCACCGUGGCCGUGAAGCGGCUCAGGUCGGCGCCCAUCCCCGAGCGCGAGUUCCGCGACAGGGUGACCGCGCUCGGCGCGCUCCGGCACGAGAACCUGGUGCCGCUCCGCGCCUACUUCUACAGCCGGGAGGAGAAGCUCCUCGUCUACGACUUCGUCGGCGCCGGCAGCCUCUGCUCCCUCCUCCACGGCAGCCGCGACGGCGCGAGCCCCGCGCGGCUCGACUUCACCUCCCGGGCUCGGAUCGCGCUGGCGGCCGCGCGCGGCGUCGUGUUCGUCCACGGCGCCGGCGCCCGCUCGUGCCACGGCAACAUCAAGUCGUCCAACGUCCUCGUGACCGACGCGCGCGACGGCGCCUACGUGACCGACCACGGCCUCGUCCAGCUCGUCGGCGCGCACGUGCCGCUCAAGCGCUCCACCGGGUACCGCGCCCCGGAGGUGAGCGACCCGCACAGGGCGUCGCAGGAGGCGGACGUGUACAGCUUCGGCGUGCUGCUCCUGGAGCUGCUGACGGGGAAGCCGCCGGUGAACUCGGUGCCCGGGAGCAGCGACGGCGUGGACCUGCCGCUGUGGGUGCGCACGGUGGUGCAGGAGGAGUGGACGGCCGAGGUGUUCGACGCCAGUAUCGCCGUCGAGGAGCGCGUCGAGGAGGAGAUGAUGCGGCUGCUGCAGCUCGCCACGGAGUGCGCCGAGGACCGGGCCGACCGGCGGCCUCCGAUGGUCGAGGUGGCGGCGAGGAUCGAGCACAUCGUCGAUAGCGCGCUCCGGAAGGCGGACACGGACGACGAUUUCCAUAGCAUUUCUCCCUGACCUGUUGGCGCGGUUGUUUUCGGAUCUUGGAUGCACAUUGUGCAGCGAUGAUGUUAGUCGAUCUUCAGCAUGUUCAUAGCAUUUGUUUCAUUGUAUUCCUUGGGUUCAGUCAGCAGUGUUUCGCUGUGAAGGCAUGCUACAAUUGUUCUUCGUGGUAGCACUGGCACACUAUGUUCGCACCGACUAGCCUUGUUUAAAACAUGUGGAAUUCUUGCAUUCCAUAUAGAUCAGAACCUGUAUUCUUGGGUUCAUUUGGAUUUUUCA